AUGAGCUUCUCCCUCGUCCGCAACUCGGCCUUUACACUUGCGCUUCGUCCAGUAGUCCUUACUGCAGCCGUCGCCGCCGCCCCUCUCCCACCCUUGUACCACGCCCGACUCGCACCCGUUGCCCGUCGCCCCUUCCACGUCUCGUCUGUAGCCCCCGCCAAAAAGAAAGCCAUGCCGCCCAAGAAGAAGAACGUCGAGGAGAAGAAGGUCAUCCUUGGCCGUCCCGGUAACAACCUCAAGAUCGGUAUUGUCGGUCUUCCCAACGUCGGCAAGUCGUCGUUCUUCAACACCCUCUCGAAGACCGACCUCGGCAAGGCCGCCAACUUCCCCUAUGCCACCAUCGACCCCGAGGAGGCGCGUAUCCCCGUCCCCGACGAGCGCUUUGACUGGCUCGCGUCCGUGUACAAGCCCAAGACCGAGAUCCCCGCCUUCCUGACCUGCAUCGACAUUGCCGGUCUCACCGCCGGCGCCUCGACCGGUGCUGGUCUCGGCAACGCGUUCCUGUCGCACGUCCGUGCCGUCGACGGUAUCUUCCAGGUCGUCCGUGCGUUCGACGACGCCGAGGUCAUCCACGUCGAGGGCGACGUCGACCCCCUCCGUGACAUGGAGAUCAUCUCGACCGAGCUCCGUCUCAAGGACAUUGAGUGGGUCGAGAAGGAGAUUGAGCGCCUCAAGAAGCAGGUCCGCUCGUGCGGCAGCGUCUCGCUCGCCGACAAGGCCAAGAAGGAGGAGCUCGCCACCGUCGAGCGUAUCCUCGUCACCCUGACCGAGGAGAACAAGGACGUCCGCAAGGGUACUUGGACCAACAAGGAGGUCGAGAUCAUCAACGGUCUUACUCUCCUUACCGCCAAGCCCAUCACCUACCUCGUCAACCUCUCAGAGCGCGACUUUGUGAGGAAAAAGAACAAGUGGCUGCCGAAGAUCAAGGCCUGGAUCGACGAGAACAACCCGGGAGACAUGCUCAUCCCCUUCUCGGUCGCGCUCGAGGAGCGUCUCGUCAACAUGUCCGACGAGGAGCAGGCCGCCGAGGGCGAGACCCUCGGCCUCGGCAAGAAGUCGCCUUCGAACCUCGGCAAGAUCACCACUUCGGGCUACGGGUCGCUCGAGCUCAUCCGCUACUUUACCUGUGGUCCCCAGGAGGUCCGCGCCUGGACCAUCCGCAAGGGCGUCAAGGCGCCCGCCGCCGCCGGUGUCAUCCACUCGGACUUUGAGCAGAAGUUUGUCUGUGGUGAGAUCAUGUCCUUUGCCGACCUCAAGGAGUACGGCACCGAGGCCGGUGUCAAGGCUGCCGGCAAGCUCCGCCAGCAGGGCAAGCCCUACGAGGUGGUGGAUGGCGACAUCUGCUACUGGAAGUGCGGUGCUUAA